AUGCCUGUCAAGACAGUAGGUCAGCGUCGUAGACCAAGGUCAAGGGGGACUGCACUACUCCAGAGGGCCCAGGUAGCAGCUAAACAACCACUAGCUCAAGGUCUAGAAGAGCGGCCUGAGCAUAUGGAUCUGCUGCUGGAGGAUGUGAUGAUGGGAUUGGACAUUUUACCAAGUAACAAGACAACCUCUAAACCUACGCCACGCACCAGGCGUUGUGUGACCCCUGCUUCUGUAGCGAAGAAAAGGAAACAAGAUGGAUCCACAGCUGUGGUUGUGGCGUCUGGAGGAAGAGGCAUGGCUAGCUCAGAGGGGCCUGUACUACAGCAGCAGCAGAAUGACGGGGAGAUUACAGACAUGCUGGAUCAGUUCCUUCAAUCCUUUGAGCGACUGGAAUCAGUAGCAGCACAAGACUCCACUGAAUCUGAGCCUCACACCAAUGUAAACCAACGCAGAAAACUCAACCUCCUAGAGGACUCUGUGCCGUCUGCAGGGACACCUGCUCAGAGCAUGUCUACACAGUCUGAGACCAGUGGCACUGACAGCCCAAAGGGACUAUCACAAACUUCUGCUCAGCUUCACAAAAACUCCAGCCCAGCUGUGAGACGUACACGAAGAAAGAAAGACUUUCUCUUCUCUCUGGAGAAACCCCGUGCUAAGCGUAAGAAAGUCUCAGUAAAUUCUGCUUUGAAGAAAGAGGAGGUGGAGCAUCAGACCACAAAGCAGCUUAAACAGAUUCCUGUGGUCCAACUGGAGCGCAGAUUACUCCCUAAAAACCGGAAAGUGGUCAGUCAGAGUCCUUCUCCCAGAGCUAGGAAUUCUACAUCUGCCAAUAUGUCCACCAAGACAUAUCCCAUCCGGAGCAGGUUUAAGGAGUCUCUUAACACGGAAAUUUUGUCCACUCCCAGAGGACAAAUGGAACAUAAUAAAGAGGUUGAAUCAACCACAAGAAAAGGGAGAAAAAGAGCUUUGGUCUCGAACAAUGAGGAGAGCAGUUCAGUUGAAGUAAAGAGAAUUAAACUCUUAAAUAGUCCCUCACAAAUGACAGAUACUGAUGUCAUUGACGUCGAGACCAUCUCGCUGAGCAGUACACACAACCCAGUAUUGAUAGAUAACUUGGAAGGGGAGACUGACCUCAUCUUAGAAGUGUGUUCUACAAACGCAGACCAGGAGAGCAAUGAUAUCAUUGAUGUGGACAGUUUAGACGAGGACUUGGAUCAGACGAGAGGACUCGAGAGAGAACUGGUCCAAUCAGAGGUGGUUUGUUCCCUCAGAGCUGAUAUUGUUACUACAUGUGAUGCUUUGGAAAAUGAUAUCGAUGUGACUGGCGGCUCAAGCCCCGCCCCCACUCCAGUGCUCAUCAGCUGGACGGACUCCUCAGAGUUUGAGGACGACGUGGGGUCAGAGUCAUCAGAGGAAAUGACCGUUGUGUUGUCAAAAGGGAGACUGGUGCGAUGCUAA